GACUAUCUGCUAUGCAGUACCAGGAAUGACUGGGAACUCGACAAUUUACUCCGUACAAGAAAUAAAAACGUAACUGGCUCCCUGUUGGCCUCAGGCCACCGAAGACGCCACGGCAAUAGGUUUAGGUUACCCAUCUUGCUGCAAGAGGGCACCACGAAAAAUAGUAGUGUGCUCUCACGAUGGAUUUAAUUAAAAACCAUAAUUUAGAAGGGGAUAUAUCAGGUAGCCACAGCGUUCUCUCGGCCGAAAACUAACGGGGACUUUUGGGACCAAGAGCUUGGGUCGCCGGUUAGAUCAUGGUGAUGGCGCGUGAUGACGGUGCCCCGUUUUAUCAGGCCCUGAAGUCACUCAUGAAUAAGAUCAUUAAAACUCAUGGUCCUAAGAAAAUAUUAGUCCAUAUAAAAUUACGUAAAUCGCACUUGAUACCCGAUACCAAGUUAUGUACCGAGGUACCCUGGUACCCGCACGGAGAUAACAGCUACAAUGACACGUGAGUUGUUCCCUGAAAUUCUUACUUGUGUAAGUGAAACAAAAAAAAAACGUAUUUAAGUUUUCAACAUCGUAUAUCGUACCUGGUAUAGGAUGCAUAGCCUGACAAGGACUAUUAGUUUUGUAACAGACUGUAUUUUCAUUAUCACACUUCAUCAUUAUCGGCACCUCGUAGUCACCCUAGAUUCGUCUACCCUUAUACGAAGAUGUUUCCUUUGUUCAGAAAUGUUCCUUAGGGUGCGCGUCGGACCUCGAAGAGUUCAGGACACGCGAUAUGCCAUUCUGCAAGGAAGCAUCCCUCGAGGGCCAGCUGUAGAAUAUUGCGUAAAGUCUCUUAAAUGGCAGGUGCAACGAUGCACACGGAUCAUCCUGGUCUAAGAGGCACGCCACUGGCCAUGUUGGCUGCGCAAUGCAACAAACUGAGCAGCAAGAGUCCACCGCCGCUGGCCGACGCGGCCGUGGGCAAGGGUUUUCAUCCUUGGAAGAAGAGCCCCCAGAGCAGCGGUAGCUCACCCCAGCACAGUACAGGGAGUGGCGGCGGUGGCUGCACGACGACGGGAGUGACGCAAAGACCGACGGCGACUAGCAGCGCCGGAAGUACUGGAGGUGGCUACGCCAGGGCGCCGGUAACCUCAUGUGCCUCUACAGCGCCGCAGUACGGUAGCGAUCUGUACUUUCCCGGGACAGCUAGUGCUCAACCAGCUGGUGAUCCCCAUCAUCCCCAUCAGAGCAGUAUUCUUGGGAAGGUCGAGGGCGCAGCAAGUCUUGGUUCCGUAUACGGGAGACAUCCAUACGAGUCGUGGCCUUUCAAUGCGAUGCCAGGAGCCGCGCACGGCGGCAUCAAGGCCAGCGAUGGCUGGUGGGAUGUUCACGGUGCCGCCACGGCGGGGGGAUGGCUCGACGUGAGCGGUACCGUCGGCGUUGGUGUUCACGCCGCUCAAAUGGCGAACUACUCCGCCGCCGCCGCCGAUUAUUCCACGAGUCUCGCUCUCGCUGGUAACCACCUGCUAACCUCGACGACUGCCGGGCAUAAUCUCCUGCAAGACACGUACAAGUCUAUGUUGCCCGGCGGGCCGCCCGGUUUCGGGCUUCAUCAUCACGCUAGCUCCGCUGGCGGUGGAGCUGGCAGCCCCCAGGCCGGGGGUGCCGUCGGUGGUGUCGUCGCGGGCCAGGCGCCCUCGCCCAGGUCACAGAGACGAUACACGGGCAGGGCGACCUGCGACUGCCCGAAUUGCCAAGAGGCCGAGAGAUUGGGUCCCGCGGGAGUCCAUCUCAGGAAGAAGAACAUCCACAGCUGCCACAUACCCGGCUGCGGCAAGGUGUACGGGAAGACGUCUCAUCUGAAGGCCCACUUGCGGUGGCACACUGCGGCACCUUCGAACCCACACCGGCGAAAAGAGAUUCGCCUGCCCGGUCUGCAACAAGCGGUUCAUGCGCAGCGACCAUCUCGCGAAGCACGUCAAGACGCACAGCAGCAGCAGCAGCACCACCAGCACAGGCAGCAAAGGCAAGGGAGCAGCGAGCUCCUCGGCCGAGUCCUGCUCAGACAGCGAGGACAACGCGAGCCAGCAGAGUCCCACUUCCAGCUCGUCCUCGGCGGCGGCGGCGGCGGCAGCGGCAACGGCGGCAGCCUCACUUCCACCUCAUCCUCAGGCGCCACAGCCAACCCCACACCAUCACCUUCACAACCAUCACAACCACCACCACCAUCACCAUCAUCAUCAUCAACCUCAAUCACAAACAACCCACGACUCCAGCACCAACAACAGCACCACCACCAACACCAGCCACAAUCCCAACAAUCACAAUCCCAACAACAACACCAACACCACCAACAACACCUCCACCAACACCAACAACACGGGCAAUCCCUCCCAGAACAGUCAACCCCCGGCAACUCCCAUGACCCCGAUGCAGAUGACUCCUCCGCCCCUGACGCCCUCACACCAUCCCCAUCACCCACAUCUCCCUCCUCUAAUGCACCAUCCUCAUCAUCACGCAACCUCCGUCCCGGCGCACCAUCAUCCUCACGCAGGGAUGAGUAUGCACUGAGUUCAGUGGGACCCGGAGCCGCAGCAGCGGCGGCCGUGGUCGCCGCGGCCGCAGCAGCAGCCGCCGCCGUCGCAGCCGCUGCCGCCGCCUCGACGACCAUCGACGCCACCGCCACUACUAGUACCACAAGCACCUCCUGUAAUAACGGCACCACGGCUCUGGGCUCUCCCACACUUUCCUACCCACUCAACUUGAACUUGAUACAGCAUCAUGGGGGUGGCGGUGCUAAUGGAAGUGGUUCUGCCACUUCCGGUCUUAUGACACACCAACAAUCCCAUCAUCACCAUCACCAUCACCAGCAGCUCCAUCACCACCCCCAUCAGCAUCAGCAUCAUCAGCAGCAGCAGCAGCAGCAGCAGCAGCACCAUCAUCACCAGCAGCAGCAGCAGCAGCAACAGCAUCAUCUUCACCAACAACAGCAACAGUCUCAGCACCAUCACCAGGCUCAGAACUCUUAUACGGUUACCCAGAAUCCUGGUACACCGGGAAAUGCACAGACACCAUCACCCUCGUCCCCGUCACCUGUACAUAGUAUGUAGGCUCAUGAGCCUUAAAGUCCUCCCCCCACCCUCACCCCCCCCCUUCCCGUAGACCCUAACUCCAAAGUCCGUGUCGCCGGAAGCGCUUUGAUCACCGAGGACAUUGGAUACCACCUCUCUAACUUACUACCGAUCUUAUGUGUAAAUAUUAUACAUAGUGCGCGAGAGAUGAUAUUAUAUUUAAUGCGAUAUAAUAUUGUAUAAAAUUCACAGAGGACACACACCCACGCACAUACACGGCUGUACCAUACACCAAUAUCAGGCACUCGCGUCCCCUAAAUUAUCCUCUAGAAUCCACGGGGCCACAUCUGACUGCCGUACCUGAGCUGUCGGCAAACCUCGGGAUUAGUAUUGCGAUUUCCUUGUACGUAAUAAUUGCACAGGGAUUCAAUUUCGAGCCCAUCUUAUCGCGAAUCUGAUAAUCCUCCGUGAAGAUGUACGUAGUCGCGGGGUGUGUAUUAAGAUGAAACUAAUGCAGGGAGGAUUGUAAGUAGUAAGAAAAUGCUUAGAUCGAAAUAAAAAAAGGCCCAUGACACUCGAGAACAAAAAGGUCAUCACCGAAGAAGUAGCGGUGAGGUCCCCCUUCCCAUAUCAUGCCCGGUUUUCCCCCUUUUAACAGCUAGUAUCUUACUACUGCUAUUAUUGCGAAUAAUUAUUAAUGAGAUAUUUACUUAUUACGAACAAUUAAUUAAUUAUUAAUUAUUAUUAUAGUAUUAUUAUAAAUAUUAUGAAUUCAGUUUAAAGAGAGAUCCUGAGGAAAAAUAAACGAUGCUUUUGUGAGUAAA